GUGCAAGCCGAACGUCCGACAUUGUGCUUGGCGUGUACCGUGCUGUGGCAUUUGUUUGUGACCCUUUACUCCUGUGCCUCGCAUUGCUACGUGCUGCGUGAUCUCGAGGCUAGCUUAACCCUUUCACUGCUGUUUGACAUGUUUCCUUAAUCACAAACUAGUCUAAAGCAUUUAAAUUUCCGACAGCCACCACUGAGCAUAACACUGGUUAGACAUUGGAUAAUCUGCUCUUUCCAUCUUCUUUUCUUUCAUGUAGAUGCCUUUAGUGUUGUGAAUUGUUCCAUAUCGCAGUGAAAGAGUUUAGUAAAACGUGCCGCCGGCUUAUUGAUUGCUUGCGGGUCAUAAGGUGCAAGGUGACACGAGUUCGUGUUAUUCACGAGCGGCGGCCCACGCCCUUGGCAGCUCCGGGGUGUCCCGCGGCCUGGCGAUGCAGAGGAGCCUGCGUGCCAUGGUCUCUGCAUUCCUUCCGUUCGUCUGUGUGUCUGUUUGUGGCCGCGCUUGCACCUGUUGAACCAAAGGAUGCAACACUGCAAGAUUACUUUUUUUCUACCGGCGAAUAUGCAUCAGUGUUGCCAAUUUGCGAUGCAGUACAGAAUCCCGAGUGACAUUCAGUAAAUCCUCAAUUGAAUGAUACAACAAGUGACAUGCUGAAUGUGCCUCAGUAGUGUUAUUGGGGAACAUUAGCAUCGUCACUUAAGCGAUAGUUAAUAAUUGCCGGCGCCCAAGACGAGGAAGGCCCGUGGCAACACAAUUAAUUAUAGUCAUCCCCUCACUUCAAAUACAAUUUUCAUAUUCCCAGGAACAAAGGACAAACAAUUACAGGCGACAAUAAUUAGCAACAACAAUUACCGAUAAAAAAAACUUAAUUACCACACAAGUAAUCGACACAGCAGGAAUCCACCUGUGUAAUUCGAGCCGUGAUUGGCCCGAGCGUGAGGGGUUGCCAGGUGGCCUCGUACAUAGAGGUAAUCUUUUUGACGGAGCAAGAUCACUGUUGGCUGAACCCGCAUGGGGUGUACAUUGUCUGGUCUGGGCCCGAAGAGCGCCGCGAUCAUGGCAGACAUCAAGACCCAGGACUUGGAGGACAUCGCCAACAAGCUGCGGGUGCUGUCCAUCAAGAGCACAGAGGCGGCGGGCUCCGGACAUCCAACAUCAUGCGCGUCCAUGGCGGAGGUGAUGUCGGUGUUGUUCUUCCACACCAUGAGGUACAAGGUCAGCGAGCCUCGUGACCCCAGCUCGGACCGUUUCAUUCUCUCCAAGGGCCACGCCGCGCCCAUCCUCUACGCCGCUUGGGCUGAGGCUGGACUGUUCCCUCGUGAGGAGUUGAUGAACCUGCGGAAGAUCGACAAUGACCUUGAAGGCCACCCAACUCCUCGCCUCAACUUUGUGGAUGUGGCCACUGGUUCACUGGGUCAGGGCUUGUCCGUGGCCUGCGGCAUGGCCUAUGUGGGCAAGUACUACGACAAGGCCUCCUACAGGACCUACUGUCUGAUCGGUGAUGGAGAGAGUGCCGAGGGCAGCAUCUGGGAAGCUUUGAGCUUUGCCGGCAUCAAGAAGCUCAGCAACUUGGUGGCCAUCUUUGAUAUCAACCGCCUUGGCCAGUCUGAACCCACUGCCUUCCAGCAUGAAAUGGACAUCUACCGAACUCGCCUGCAGAGCUUUGGCUUCAAUGCACUGGUGGUAGAUGGACAUGACGUGGAAGCCCUGUGCAAGGCAUUCCAUGAGGCUGCCCAGACAGAAGACAAGCCCACUGCCAUUCUGGCCAAGACUUACAAGGGUAGGGGCUUCCCAGCCAUUGAAGAUGCAGAGAACUGGCAUGGAAAGCCCCUGGGCAGUAAGGCAGAUGAAGUAAUUGCUCACGUAGAGAGUCAGAUAAAGAACAGUGGUCCCAACAACCUGGUUCCCCAGAAGCCUCUUCACCAGGAUGCCCCAGAAGUGGACAUCACCAACAUCAGGCUGCAGACACCUCCAAGCUACAAAAAGGGUGAUAAGGUGGCCACACGACAGGCCUAUGGCACAGCACUUUCCAAGCUGGCCCAGAAUAACUCCAGGGUGAUUGCUCUUGAUGGAGACACCAAGAACUCCACCUUCUCCAAUGCCAUGUUGAAGACUGAUGCUGAGAGGUAUAUCGAGUGCUUCAUUGCUGAACAGAAUUUGGUGGGAGUGGGUAUUGGUACUGCCUGCCGUGACCGCACUGUUGCCUUUGUGUCCACCUUUGCUGCCUUCUUCACCCGUGCUUUUGACCAGCUGCGCAUGGGUGCCAUCUCUCAGACCAACUUGAACUGUGUUGGAUCCCAUGCUGGUGUGAGCAUUGGUGAAGAUGGUCCCAGCCAAAUGGCUCUGGAGGAUCUGGCCAUGUUCCGCUCCAUACCCACAGCCACUGUCUUCUAUCCAUCUGAUGCUGUAUCCACUGAGCGUGCUUGUGAGCUGGCUGCCAACACCCCAGGCAUUUGCUUCAUCAGGACCUCCCGUCCUGGAACUGCAGUUGUCUAUGACAAUGACCAUAAGUUUGAGCUUGGAAAGGCCAAUGUGAUCCGGUCAUCAGAUUCUGACAAGGUGCUGGUUAUUGGGGCUGCCAUCACCCUACGUGAGGCGAUGACUGCUGCUGACCAGCUGGAGGGGGAGGGCAUCAAUGUGCGUGUGAUGGACCUGUUCACCAUUAAGCCCAUCGACAAGGAGGCCGUUAUCUCCAAUGCUAAGGAGUGUGGAGGCCGCAUCAUUGUGGUGGAGGACCACUAUCCUGAAGGUGGCAUUGGAGAAGCUGUGAAGUCUGCUGUGGCCAUGGAGAGGGACAUCAUUGUGUCUCACCUGGCAGUGACCAAUGUUCCUCGGUCUGGCAAGUGUGACGAGCUGUUGGACAUGUUUGGCAUCUCUGCCUCAGCUGUGGUGAAGGCUGCCAAGGAGAUCACCCAGAUUUAAUCAGGAGCAUAUUACUUGUACCACUGAACAUAAGGCUGUAUGUUGACCAAUAUUAUUAUAUGAAGAACAAAACACUCAGGUGCAAAUAUGUAACUUAUAAUCACAUUCUGAGAAAUAGGAACCUAAUUUUUUUUAAUCUAAUUCUUUUAAAUUUUCUAGUGUUCCAUUGAACAGCAAUUUGGUUACAAUUUCAGUGAAGCUCCAGCACUCCUUGUUAAGAGUUCCAGGAUACUAAUAAGUAAGUAGGACUUGUGUAAGGAUGCCAGAGCCAUUCCUGUAAUGCAGUGAAGUCAUUCCAGUGAUCAUUCCACAUUAUUGGUGCAGGAUGAGGGCAAAGAUGUUAAAGAUUGCAUUCCAUAUAUUGUAUCAGCCAUUCCUAAAUUGGUGUCAUUCCAUAUAUGUAUAAGGAAGUAACAUAAGUCACAAAUUGUAUCAAUUUUCAGAUUGGAUAAAAUAGAAAAAAAAGUCAAUGAACGUGUAACUGCAUGAAGCAGGUAUUAGUGUAAUGCUAAAAGUAGAUGAUAGACAGUCAACUGGUAAGUGUUGAGGGCUUCAUCAAGAAAGUGCUCCUCUUGCAGUUCAGUAUGAUGCACUUCACACUAAUGUUGACCAGCUUGUUGCUGCUGUGGUGUUAUGUUGUGCUUGAGUAUUGAUCAAAAUUUUGUUGAAAGGUAAGGUCAUUGGGCAGGUGCAGCAUGUCUUGCAAUUUGCUUCAAAGACUGAUUGCACCUGCUGGACAGUCUUGAAGGAAGAGAACCUCAUCUUUGCUUAUUUAUUGUUAAAAAUAUUUAACAUCAAAAUGUUGUACUGCAGAAAUUUAUUUAAAUAGAAAACUGUUGUAUGGUAAUAAAUGUUUAAGUAAA